CUUAGUUCAGGGCAACUGAGGCCUAGAGAUGUUCGGCUGUAGCUGCGACUUAGGAUACCAAAUAUGGAUAUUAAUAUGCUUGUUCCCUUCAGUGGGUGUGGGCCAUCAACUUCUGGAUCAGAGCAAGUUGGAAUAGGAGUCAACGGAGUUGCCAGCUAAUAAUUUAAUGAAUAUAAUGUUUCUGCUGAGUCAUUUAAAGUCCGUGAGUGAAAUUUCAACUUGUAGCCCAAAUCUUACUCUGCGACGUGAAGUUCUGUGUCUGAUCAGUCGAAGGCAAAAGUGCUGAAGUUGUUAGGGUAGAGAAAAUAAGUCAAUUUAUACACCGAACAUUAUUUAUUUGUAAAAGUGGAAGAGCAUAUUUACAUCUCAUGACCAUUAACUGCGAUAUUUCUCAGGGAUGAGGAUCAGCAUCUUCGGGAGAGGAGGAAGGAAAACUAGGAUGGUUUGAAGAAUUAUUGAUCAUUUAAAAAAACGUUAAGCAAAAGAAAUUGCUGAAUAUGAACAAGGAAAUCUUGAACACAGCACUUAUUUUUUUCAAAUAUGAAAGGCCUUCGUACGAACUAUUCCACAAAGGUCGAAAGCUCGAUUACCUACGCAAAACUGAUCUGAGUUACUCGGAGUUUUUCCGAGAUUUUCUGCUUCCUAAUUACCCAUGCAUUCUGUCGCCCGAGUUCACAGACGAUUGGAGAAGCAGGCAACAGUGGGUGAAGGGGGACGGGAGCCCUGACUUUGAUUACUUGCUGAAAAAAUUUGGAGAUUCCAUUGUACCUGUGGCCAACUGUGAUGUGAAGGAAUAUAAUGCAAAUCCAAAGAACAAUAUCCCUUUAAGGGAUUAUUUCAGUUACUGGAGAGAACACAGGAAGAGUGGUUAUUCAUCUCCACAGGGUUGCUUGUAUAUGAAAGAUUGGCAUAUGCACAGGGUUUUCCCCAAUCAUGGAGUAUAUAAUACACCCGACUUCUUCCAAUCUGACUGGCUGAAUGAAUACUGGGAUACUAUCAAAUUGGAUGAUUAUCGUUUCGUUUACAUGGGUCCCAAAGGAUCAUGGACACCAUUCCAUGCUGAUGUAUUCCGAUCCUACAGCUGGUCUGCCAACAUUUGCGGGAGGAAGAAAUGGCUAUUGUUUUCUCCUGGUCAGGAGGAACAUCUGCGAGAUCGCAGUGGUAAUCUUGUUUAUGACGCUCAGUCUUCAAUCCUGCAGGACAAGAAGUUAUACCCAAACUAUAGCCAGUGCUGUCAACCCAUUGAGGUGGUGCAAGAAGCUGGCGAGGUCAUCUUUAUCCCUAGUGGUUGGCACCAUCAAGUACACAACCUGGAGGACACCAUCUCAAUCAACCACAACUGGCUGAACGGCUGCAACAUAGAUAGCAUGUGGAGCUUCCUACAAGGGGAACUAACAGCUGUCCAGGGGGAGAUUGAGGAGUGGAAGGAUCAUAUGGAGGAUUGGCACCAACACUGUCAGGUCCUCUUGAAAUCAUGCACUGGAAUCAACUACUGUGAAUUCUACACCUUUCUGAAAAUAAUUUCUAAAAAUAGGAUGGCUGUACUAGAUGCUUCUUCAGAAGACACUCCUCCUCUCAAGGAUGUAUUUCCUAUAGAACUGUCUGCACUCGGGUCAUGCCACUUAGUGUUCGAUUUACACCGAAGUGAAGAUGUUCUAACCUCAUUGCUUGCCAAUGAGGACUUUAGUAGAUUAGAUACAGACUUGCUUGAUCCUCGACCUGAGGACAUGUUGCACGAAAUUAGAGAAAUAUUGGAUGCUACCUCAUUGUAAUAUUCUGCUUUCACAUGAUUAUUUCUUGUAAGCCAAGUUGCAUACAAACUUGCAUCUUAUGAAGUAAAAGGAAAUCAUACAGGCUUAAUGCUAAGAAGAUGGGAGUGAGAAAAAAAAUGGUCAGCAUUGCACUUAAUGUUUCCCCAGUUGCAAGCCAGUAUGUGGAUAUGAUAGUAGGUAAUUUUGGCACUCUCCUAGUAAUCCAGAAAAUAUAAUUUCAAAUCCCAUUGACAGUUCAAAAAGUUGAAUUGUCUGGGGAAAACAAAUCUGGAAGUGAAAAGCUGGUGCUAUUAAAACAGUGGCCAUGAAACUGCAAGAGAAACCAAACUGGUUUACUUCCUUCAGCAGAAAU